AUGCACGAUGACACAGAAGAUUAUGAAAUGCUGCCUGAGUUGAUUUCUGUGUGGAAGAAGGAGAAAAGUGAACAGGAUAAGGAGAUCAUGAACAUUGAAAAGAUUGAGAUAGUUUCGCUCCUCACUCCAAGGCGUCCCCCGUUGCUUUCCUUGGAAGACUCCGACGAGGUUGACCAAAUUCAGUAA